UAAGGCAACAAAACUCAUCCAGCACUGAAAGUUCGCAGUUCAUCAGCAGCUUCGUUAUUCGUUUGGCACAGAUCGGCAGCCAUAAAACUUCCGCGAUAAUUUAUUUGCUAGAAAAGAGUAACUGAAAAUCAUCCCCGGUGCGUUCGGUGAACGAAAUUGUUUAGCGCGUGUCGAUUUUUGUGAGAAUUCGUCGGUGUGAAAUUGAUAAUCUGUAUUUUCGUUCGAGACAAGACGAGGAUUAGCAGCCAGCAUCCGAAAGCGACAGCCGAAAGAAAGAAACCGUCGCCCAUUCGACAUUUUCAUCCAGUGAUAUUUUUUUUUACUUAGGAGAAAGCUAUUGAACAGCAUUCAGCUUAAAUGUCAGAACCUCAGUCUUCGUUGCUGCUGAAGAAACAGUUGGCAGAAUUAAGCAAAAACCCCGUUGAAGGAUUUUCGGCUGGCCUCAUUGACGAUAAUGACAUAUUCCGAUGGGAAGUACUUAUCAUCGGGCCUCCAGAUACUCUCUAUGAGGGUGGUUUUUUCAAGGCACACUUGCACUUCCCAAAGGAAUAUCCCUUGAGGCCGCCGCGCAUGAAGUUCGUCACAGAGAUCUGGCACCCGAACAUCGAACGCAACGGCGAUGUCUGUAUCAGCAUUCUGCACGAACCUGGCGAUGACAAGUGGGGCUACGAGAAGGCCUCCGAACGCUGGCUGCCGGUGCACACCGUGGAAACGAUUCUGAUAUCGGUGAUCUCGAUGCUGGCCGAUCCCAACGACGAAUCGCCAGCGAAUGUCGAUGCGGCCAAGGAGUGGCGAGAGGCGUAUCCAGAAUUCAAGCGGAAAGUGGCGCGAUGUGUUCGGAAGAGUCAAGAGGAUUGUUAGUAGGAUUUUUAAAAAAUGUCUUAUAUUUAUUAAUUAAUUAAUAAUAUUACUAUAAUAAUGAAGGAAAGGAAAGGAACGAAUAACGAUGAUUGAUGAUGCUAAAUGAUGAUCGAUUGAUUGCAGACAAUGUCGAUAAUUGGUUUUCUUUCCUCAAAAAUCAUUUUAAAAAAAACAUGCACUGUGCAGCUUUCGAUUUACUGAAAUCAAUAUCGAGGAACCUUUAAGGACAUUGCAAUAAAACUUCAGUUCUUUUGACGUAGUUUCCAAAAUUGUAAUUUACAAUUUAAAUUUUCAUUUUCCCCCACUCAUUACGUUUCAUGUAUCGUUUCCAAUUCAUUCGAUCAGGCGAGCUAAACUUUAUGUAAACCCUUUUUUGUAGUAAUAAUUGCCCAAUGCAAAUGCUUCGCAUUUUUGAUUUAGUGAUAAUUUUUAUUUCAGUUCUAAUUUGCUGAAAAUAAAACAAAAAAGGCAACCUUUUACACACUUCAUUGUUUCUAUUUAUAUGCAAACACGCGACACAAUCAUCCCCGCAUAUCGGUUGAGAAAUAUUCCAGAACAGUCAAAAAAACAGCUGAUUUGUUAUCAUUUACGAUUUAGAAAACAAUACGAAGCAUAUGAGACGAGCGGAUGACGAGUUGGGCAACGAACUGAACGAAGAACAGUCAACAGGUGGUACCAGACAUCGGGAGAAAAAUCGAUUUCCUCUCUUCUUUUCGACUGCUGCUACUGACGCGAAGCACUGAGAGAUGGAAUAUUGACAAGCCCAAAGGUCAUGCUUGCUGAAGAGUAAACACUCAGGAAAUCAAUCACACAUUUGUCCUGUUGAAAAUUACGUGCUUAUAUAGAUGUAAAGUGCCCGCUAAAUUAUUACAAAAAAAAAAGAGAGGAGUGAGUGAUUAAAUGACAAACAGUGGCAACUCUGCCAAAAUAAACCGGAAAAUAAACCAUUUGUGACUGCUCAUUAUACUUGACUUCAGCUAUUCAGAAUAGAAGGAAAACUACUGUAAUGAGAUUGAUACUAAGUAUAAGUUAAACUAAUUUCCCUUAAAAAAAGAACACAUUUAGUGCUUCGUUCUGUAUUUUUAGGAAGAUAAAAACAAAGCUUUUUAAAUUUACGUUGAAAAUCUGAAACUUUUGUGUGAUACUUCUGUUUCCUAAUGAUUAUGAAAGAGAAAAUACAAAUUCAAAACAGAAAGAUUGCCGCCCACGGCUGGCCAUCUGGCUGACAAUGUAAAUAGUGCAGUUUCAACAGACAGGCAGAAAAGAAACGUGUAACCAAACCAAACCGACUAAAGUAACUUCUAACGCAUCCUUCUCCGGAUCUAUGGUUAAGAGUAAUCCUGCUAAACAAAAUAAUAAAUACCUACCUACCUACCUUACACACUAACAAAUAAAAGAACUCAUCCAAGUCAACAAGUUACACCACCACCACAAAUGCAACACUUAUUCUUCUCCUAAAACGAAUACAAGUAACAAAAUAUUGAGUUAAGUUCGCUAGAAUAAAGCAAGACAAUUAACAAGUAA